GACGCGGCGGGCGCCCGGGCGGGUUCCGCGCUGAGCCGCCACCUCGGCCGGCUGGUCUUUGCGGCGGCUGCCCGGGCGGCCCGGGCGCACGGCCCUUCGCCAUGUAUACCUUCGUGGUGCGCGACGAGAACAGCAGCGUCUACGCCGAGGUCUCGCGGCUGCUGCUCGCCACCGGCCACUGGAAGAGGCUCAGGCGAGACAACCCCAGGUUCAACCUGAUGCUGGGCGAGAGGAACCGGCUGCCUUUCGGGAGAUUGGGUCACGAGCCUGGGCUGAUGCAGUUGGUGAAUUACUACAGGGGGGCUGACAAACUGUGUCGCAAAGCUUCUUUAGUGAAGCUAAUCAAGACAAGCCCAGACCUGGCUGAGUCCUGCACAUGGUUUCCAGAGUCCUAUGUGAUUUACCCAACUAAUCUCAAGACCCCAGUUGCCCCAGCACAGAAUGGAAUCCACCCACCGAUCCAUAGCUCAAGGACAGAUGAAAGGGAAUUCUUCCUGGCUUCUUACAACAGAAAGAAGGAAGAGAGAGAAGGCAAUGUUUGGAUUGCAAAGUCAUCAGCUGGUGCCAAAGGUGAAGGCAUCCUCAUCUCCUCGGAGGCUUCAGAACUUCUGGAUUUCAUUGACAACCAGGGUCAGGUGCAUGUGAUCCAGAAAUACCUUGAGCACCCUCUGCUUCUGGAGCCAGGUCACCGCAAAUUUGACAUUCGAAGCUGGGUCUUAGUGGAUCAUCAGUAUAAUAUCUACCUCUACAAAGAGGGUGUGCUUCGGACUGCUUCAGAACCAUAUCAUGUUGAUAAUUUCCAAGACAAAACCUGCCAUUUGACCAAUCACUGCAUUCAGAAGGAAUACUCAAAGAACUAUGGAAAGUACGAAGAAGGGAAUGAAAUGUUCUUUGAGGAGUUCAAUAAGUACCUAAUAAGUGCUUUGAACAUUACGCUGGAGAGUAGUAUCUUGCUACAAAUUAAACAUAUAAUAAGAAGCUGCCUCAUGAGCGUGGAGCCCGCCAUCAGCACCAGGCACCUCCCUUACCAGAGCUUCCAGCUCUUUGGCUUUGACUUCAUGGUGGACGAGGAGCUGAAGGUCUGGCUCAUUGAGGUCAACGGCGCCCCAGCUUGUGCCCAGAAGCUCUAUGCAGAACUGUGCCAGGGCAUCGUGGACAUAGCCAUAUCCAGUGUCUUCCCGCCCCCAGACGUGGAGCCACAGCACGUCCAGCCGGCCGCGUUCAUCAAGCUGUGACCCAGGGAGGCGCCCAGAGCUGCCUCAGAAGAAGCAUGAGCUCCUGCUCCAGGGGAAGGUGAAAGGUCAGGAUCGCUCGUUCCCAAGCCAGAACUGGAGAAAGAGAGGCAACCGGCCAAGCCAUGAUCGAAGAGAGAGCAUGAGAAAAAAAGGCGACUUCCCUGAAGAGUGGUUGCUCAGGGGUUCCCAGGUGGCGCUCGCAGCACUGCUGUCGAGAUGUGAAAACCGCGGCAAACUUCUCUGAGGGGAGACUACAAUAUUCUUCUAAGGGGAAAAGACAGGGACUUGAUUAUUUUAUGUUCUCGUUCUUUAAAAAAAAAAAAAAAAAAAUCCAAUUUUUAUCCUAAGGCAGCAUUGUGAGCAGCGCCUCUCCUCCCUGGGGAUCGAGACUGUUGGACCUUUGGUUGGUGUCUUUCCACCUGCUGCAGCCUUAGUGCCUUAGCUCUAUGCCCAGCUCCAACCCUUUUGUCUGGGACAGGGAUCGGAUGUGAUAGCUUUCGGGAGGUGGCCGAUGUGUUCCCCGCCCAUCCCUCUCCACAGCACCCUGCCCGUGGGAGUCUGGACAAGCAUGUACCAACAGUCCUUGGUUCCGUGCCAGGCGCCACCUCGCGGCAAAGGGGGUUUUCCUCACCACGUUCCUGAUGGUGUUUGGUCAGUCACCUGUCAGGGUUGCUGUGGGCUGGGCACCAAAACGGCAAAUGCUGCUCUCGAUCUGCUCUGUGCAUGUUUUAGAAACCAAACAGCAAGUUUGCCACAACAUAAGCAUCAAAUAAGCAUGAGAGAGAAAAAAACACGAUGUCUUGCUUUACUUAAUAGUUGGGUAUGGUGGAUCUUUGAAAUAUGAUGAUUCUCAGUUAUCUUGGUUUUAACCAGAACUCUACCUGCACUUUUGCAAAGUUCCCUUUUGUUCUCUUUUUGUUGUUGUUGUUGUUGUUGUUGUUGUUGUUGUUGCUGUUUUAACUUUUGUAAAAACCCCUCUAGGGGGCAGGAGAGUAGAAUUCCACAUACACCCCACCGCCGCCACCAGGUGGCACUGCCCCAGACCCAGGUGGCUUUCCUCCAUUUUCUUGCUCUCCAAGCACCUCCUGCAGGAGCUGGAAGAGGUUUUGUUCCAGGGUUUUGUUCUUUUCUCUGCUUCUGCCUCUUGACAUCAGGGUGAGGCUCCGAACGGGUGUAUGUCUGGCCUGGGGAAGACAUGGUUUCAGAGCUCCACAGAGCAUCUUAGAGGUCAACAAAUGUGUCCUAUUAGGUGUAGUUUCCAUUUACUGGAUCAAAUAUUCUGUAGAUUUUUCAGGAGGCUGCAUCACUACCAGUGGGAAGAACAAGAUGCUACUUGGGUUCAGUGUGAGCUGACUGAACAGGUCCUCCAUAGAGUGUGCUGGGAACCACAGCAGGCCCCCUGUCCAAUACAUGCUGUGUUCUUCCUGCGUGUAUAUAUGUGCUCCAUCAUUCUUUCUACUUGUCACCAGACAACAGUUCUGUAGUCAGGGAGACUUUUAAAAAGAGAAAAGAGAGCAACGCCUCCUCAAACAUGAUGAGAUGUGGGAGCUUACAGUGAAGAAAGGAAUAUUUCAUAGAUGGCAGCAGUGGGUGUAGGAUGUGAUGGCAUUAUGUCGGGGUGAAGGAGAAGGGCCCAGCUGGUUUAGCUUUUCUGUGAAUUUGGAAUUACAAGACAAAAGCCCGGGUGGUUACCCAGAAAACAGAUAAUGAGGUUUGCAUCCAGAGCAAAAUAAAACAGUUAGUGGUGGAGGUCAGUCUUGGACGCCCAGCACUGUUGGGUUAGUGUCUAGAAAGUCUAAGUGUCUGAGUCCUUGGGAGGUCUCUGUGGACUGGUUUUGGGGAAAGCAUGGAGGUUUCUGUAGUGCUAUCACAUGUGAACGCAGAUUUGUAACAAUCUUUUCGACCCAAAUUCAAGGGACAUUUGAGAGUUUUCCAGCGCUUACAGUGACAGAGCUAAGAAUAGAUGUUGGAAGUUCAUGGAUCUUGAUGGAUUUUCUAAGAAAUUUAAAUCCGUAGCAUAUACGUGAGGGAAGUAAGGCUUUAAAAAGAAGGUUCUGCUUCAUUCCUCACAUGGUUUCAAAUAAGUAUCUAUUUUAUGCAUUUAUUUUCAAUCAAGUGGGAUGGUUGCCUCCGAACUGUUCCAUACCCUUCCAUGAUAUCCUUGGCACAGAUGGUUAUGCCUCGCUCUUCAGUUGGUCUUUAUAUGUGCAGUCCGAGUACAUUUCGCCAGUUGCUGGGGGAGGAGGUGUUCUUUGUUUGGAGAUGAUUCCAGUCUUGGUGGUGUCAUUUAGCUGCACAGUGUGAGAUGAACUCGUUAACCUCACUGUGCCUUAGUUUCUUAUCUCAUGGAAGAAAUUGUUGCCUGACCCAGGGACUACCUCAAGGGCGUUUAGUGAGGACAGGUGAAAUUAGGAAGACUCGAGAACCUGUAGUACCAAGGUUCUCAGUGUUGACGGUAUGCUGGACUCACUGGGGAAGCUUUUAAAAAAUGUUGGUGUCUACACCCUCCCCCUCUCUCCCACCUCUGACCAAUCGAAUCCAAACGUCAGGCAUCAGUAUGCUCUGAGAUGCCUUCAACCACUGCUUGAGAAGGAAAGACAAAUGCAUUAUUACCUUAGAAUAAUCAGAUAAGGCCUAGGACUUUUUUUUUUAAAGUUCCUUUUGGAAGGAUAGGCAUUCCUUUAAGAAUGACCAUGUUGUUGCCCUGAUACAGGCAACUGCUGUCUAAGCACGUUCUCUUUUUGCUUCCUGUCCCAGCAUUUGUAAACGCAAACGUGCUUUCAUUUACUCACACAGUUUGUGAAGCCCUGACAACAAAUGUAAACAGACAGGAAUUAUAAAUCUGUUAAAUAUGUGUAAGAUUAUUAACGCUUGAGAGAAAAGCCCCUUCCCUCACACUUAACUCCUGGCGUGAUCCUAAACUCGAUUUUACCCAGAACAUUGAAGUGCCUCCGUGUCUGUAGGAUACAGUGGAGCAGGUGCCGGCAUACUUCCCAGCUGACUUGAUGUUUCAAACUAGUGCCUCAGGAUCAUUAUCUCAGACUUAGCAGUGCUGGAAACGUAUGGGAUCCACGGAAUCCGCAAGCAGCGGUGAAGCUCCCAGAGGGUGUUUUCAUUGACAGCCAAGGUUGUGUCCAGCACGUGUGGACCCAGCCCUGUUGUGGGCUUGGGGGGGACUCUACUAGAGAAGACAAGGUGCCAGAGUUAGGUUUCCUGCAGCAUGUGGCUGCUGUGGCAAAAAUGCAGUGACACACUUGUCUCUGAUCCUGAACACAGGAUCUGUACCUAAGAGGAAAUGACUUCUGAAAAUAAGGUGAUUUUAUGAAUGUUUAAAAUUCCCAGAGCAUUAAAGUAAUAUUUCAAGUAUUUUUGUGCCCUUGGGUUCUAUCAUCUUAUUGUGGUUGUUGACUGUCCUAGGAGAGCACUGGCUAUUUGAAUCCAUGACUUCGUUACUCAGAGGUAGACAGACUUUUUUUGGAAAGGGUCAGAUUAGUAAAUAUUCUAGGCUUUGCAAACCAAACAGGUUCUUUGUUGCAUAUUCUUCUUUUUUUUUUUAACCAACUCUUUAAAAAUUUAAAACAGAGGCAUCUGGGUGGCUCAGAUGGGUAAGUGUCUGACUCUCGAUCUCAACUCAGGUCUUGAUCUCGGGGUCAUGAGUUCAAGCCCCGCAUUGGGCUACAUGCUGGUCAGGGAGCCUACUUUUAAAUUAUUUUUAUUUUUAUUUCUUUUUUUUAGUACACACAAACACAAGCCAGAUGUGGCCAUUGUUUGCUGACCCCAGCAUGUUACUGAAUACAUAAGCCAACAGAUUGUCUUUUGAAAGUGUAAUGAGCUCUUCUAGGGUGAAGCAUUGGAACAAUUUCCACAGCCAAAAUCCAGUCCAUGUCUUACAUGUCUUGUAUAUUGUCUGAAUCAUGAUGCAGAUUGUCAGAUGAGUCCCAUGGUUGUGAGAAGGGAGGAGGUAGAGGGGCUUUCUGAAAGGAUUCUACAAUCAGCCAGAAGGCCAUGAAGUCUUUACUAAGACUUUACUAAGGCCAGGUAUAUGGUAAGUCUUGCACACCUCUGGCAGUUAGUGUCAUUUAUGUAAACUAUAGUUAACUUGUGACUUCAUGCAUGAUGAGGCUGAAUGCUCUGGACAUCUUUCCCAUAUAUGGCUGCUUUCACUCCAUAAACACACUUCUGACACAGAGAAAGGGCCUUCCAUAAAUGCAAAACCUGGCUGGUUAAGCACUCCAAACAAGUUUCUGAUAUGCUAUAUAACACAUACCCACUAGACACCAUGUAGAUUGCACAGGCAGGGUGCAGGGACAAGUACACAUGGACCCGAGCAGGAAACUACUUAGGAUCCUGAGAGUGGACAGGUUCAAAGCUUGUGGAGGACUUCUCUUGGAGGCUGGUCCUGCUUGCUGUCAGUAGCUGCCCCUUCUCCUUAAAGAAGAUGGGGUUAUCCCAUUAGCCCCAGAGGUUCAGUGAUAUUUUAAAGAUGUCUUCCCCAAAGCAUCCCCAAAGGCAGAUUGAGUGUUGCUGUCCUCUGAAAAUUGUCUCUCCAUGAAAGCAAUGGGAACACUGGCAGAAACUGUCUGGAAGUUAACCAAAGGUUUGCAACAAUCCAGAAAUAUUUAUUAAAGAAAAAUGGUUGCACUUUGGUAAGAACAGCAAGUUUUGUGAUGUUUUAAAUUGCUCUAUUUUCAUCCCCCUUUUCCUAGCUCCAUGGUAGCCUUGGAAAUGAAAAGCCCCACAAUCACGGUGAAACCCAGGAGUUUAGCAGCCAAGGGAGGGUACAGAGUGGGGUUGGAGCUCCUCCAAAGCCCCUUUCCCAGUGAAUUGUCAUUAUUUGACCUGUCUGGCAAUUCCAUCUAAGUCCUUAUCUCAGGGCUUGUCUUUGACAUUUCUCAAAGUGUGCCCAGUGUAAACAACCUUUUCCCUGGGUGAGUUUGUUAAAAAUAAUCAGCAGCAAUUGUUGAUUUAGCACCUCAAUUUCCUGAGUAGACUACACGAGUUGGAAUGAACAACAAGCCCACCAAAAAACUGAGAAGGAAAAGGUGAGGAAUGAGAUGUCCAUUGGAAGUUGUGAAAAGUUUCUGAAGACUAUAGAAGGCCACACACAUGUAUAGGGCUCUGUGCAUGCCUGGGGAGACCUAAAUUGCCUCAGCUUAUAUGACCAGGAGGAUCUUCAGAAGCAGGAAGGAUUAAUGCAGAGCUGUAAACUGCCUUCCUGGGCAUGAAGGCAUGCCCAGUACACACACACACACACACACACACACACACACACACACACACAACCCCUUGGCAAAGGCUGGGAGACUUACUAGUCCAAGUGUUUAAGGAAAUCUGUCAAUCAUUAGUUAACCACUAAGCUAACAGCAGAGACUUCACUGGCCACACAUCAAAGAAUAUAGCCUUUACAGAAUUAUUUCAGGAAAUAAUUUCUAAAUUAUUAGAAAUUAUUAUUCUAAAGAAUAAUUAGAAAUUGUUAUUCUAAAGAAUAAACAACAACUAUAAACCCUGCAGAGGAUAGAGUAUCUGGCUUCCAAAGUUGCCCCAUUAUAUUAUUAAAAUUUUCCGAUAUUCAACCCGAAUUAUGGGGCAUGCAAAGAAAUAAGAAAGUAUGGCCCAUGGAAGGAAAAGGCAAUCAGUAGAAACCAUCCCUGAGGAAGCCCAGGCAUUGGUCUUAUACACAAGACUAUCUAAAAUGUUUAAAGAACUGAAAGAAUGAUGAGAAUGAUGUGUCAGCAGAGAGAGAAUAUCAUUAAAGAGAUACAAAUUGUUUUUUAAAUAGAACCUGGUAGGAAUUUUGACAUUAAAGAGUACAUUAGUGCAAAUGAAAAAUUUAGUGGAGGUGUUCAAAGGCAGGUUUGAGCUGGCAAAAGGAAGAAUCAGUGAAUCUGAAAUCAAUCAAGAUCAUCCAGUCUGAGGAACGAAAAGAAUGAACAAAAAUGAACAGUGCUCCAGAUAUGUAUAUGUUUACCAACAUAUAUAUAACAAGAAUCCUAGAAGAGAGGAGAGAAAGAGGCAGAAAUCAUAAUGAAAGAAAUUGCAGCCCAAAACUUUCCACUUUGAUGAAAAACAUUAAAUGCAUCCAAGA